UCACUAGUUUCCUGAGAUUCUCGUUUUGCUUUCUGAGAAUCUCUCAGUUUUUUACCCAAAAAAAAAAAAUUAAAAAAACAAAAAAAAAAGGCAUAAACCCAACCGGACUUAAACCCCAAACCAACACAGAAGAAAACCAACGAAGCUAAACGUUAAGCAGUGGAGCUUUCAAAAUCUCGUAUUCUCAGAGGCUGUAUAUCAGAGAAAGCCAAUAUAGCGAAAGUGGGAGUUGAAAAUGGCAACUAGCCUCACAAACCGAGCAGCUUCUAUAAACCUCUUCAGAAUCUCUUCGAAUUUGCUCAGAAGCUUCACCACCACACCGGCUUCACUCUCUUCCCAAAACCCCAGUGCUUCAUCUUCUGAUUCAAAGAAACCCAAGCGAAAAAAGAAGAAGAAUCUCUUUGAGGUGGCUCAAUUUUUGCCCAACUGGGGAAUUGGUUACCACAUGGCCAAGACCCACUGGGUUGGGGUCUCUUAUCAGAUCACUAAGAUCAAUCUCUACAAGGAUGGUAAACACGGCAAGGCAUGGGGCGUCGUUCACAAGGGUGGCUUGCCAGCUGCAGAUGCUCCCAAGAAAAUAAGUGGAGUUCAUAAACGAUGUUGGAGGUACAUUCCAAACUCAAAUAAAUUGCCCGUAAGUGAACCAAGUGUUACUAUACCAACAGAAAAUGCUCCUACGGCUGAAGUUCAAACAACUUGAGGCAACUCUAUGAAUUAUAAGUACUAGUUGUCCGACUUUGUACUGGUUGAUUAGUCAUGUCCUGCAUUAGCACAUUUAUCAUAGAUGUGGUAGUGUGUUAAGUCAGUUCUUAAAUGUGAUUGAGUCUUCGUUAUAACAUCUUUCUUUGUUGAAAUUUCACACAAAUGUUUGCAAUGCAAAAGGAAUUUUGUUGUUAGAGAAAUGGUUGAGAAUUGCUGUGUUCAACAGGAUUUCUUUAGUCUGGUGUGUUGGUUAUUUUUGGUUUUCCUAUAUAUAUAAUAAUUAAUAAAUCUGAUCUUGAAUCA